GAGGCGCUUCUAGGGGAAGGAAGUUGUUCAGUCACUUGGUGUAGGGGUGUCGGCCUGACCCGGGAAGCGGAAUCCCUGCCUUGGUCUAGAGAUUGACUGAGACCCUUUCCCCUUCUCUGCCAAAACCGCCCAGCCUCCAUCGGUGAGGCUUGCAGCUUCCAGAAGUCCCUCGUACCUUCCAACCUAAUGUUUUCGGUCAAUUCACGGUCCAGUGGCGGCUCCGUCCCCCUGGUGUCCCACGAGGAAUUGGAGAAUCCGAAGUUGGUCGGGCGAGGCGGGUUCGGCGCGGUGUUCCGGGCGCAUCAUAGGUUGAGACGCUGCGAUGUGGCAGUCAAGAUCGUGAACUCGGAGGGUAUACGCAGGGAGGUGAAGGCCAUGGCAAACCUGCGUAGCGAAUACGUGCUGCUUCUCCUGGGGGUCACCGAGAACCUGGAGUGGGACGGCGAGUCCCGGCCGGGUCUGGUGACUGAAUUCAUGGAGAACGGCUCCCUGGAGGGGCUGCUACAGCCCCGUUGCCCUCGGUCCUGGCCGCUCCGCUACCGAGUGCUGCAGGAAGUGGUGCGCGGGAUGUGUUACCUGCACAGUGAAAAUCUCCUGCACCGGGACCUCAAGCCCUCCAACGUCCUCCUGGACCGAGAUCUGCGCGUCAAGCUGGCAGAUUUUGGCCUGUCCACAUUUCAGGGAGGCUCAUGGUCAGGGGCAGGGUACACCAAGCCAGGGGGCACCCUGGCCUACUUGGCCCCAGAACUGUUAGCUAAUGUAAACCGGAAGGCCUCCAAGGCUAGUGAUGUCUACAGCUUUGGUAUCCUCAUGUGGACAGUGCUAGCAGGAAAAGAAACUGACAUGGUGUCCCAGACAUCACUAGUGUGUGAAGCAGUCUGUGAGAGGCAGAUCCGGCCUACAUUGGCCGACCUGCCCCCAUGCGGGCCUGAAACUCCUGGCUUAGAAGGACUGAAGGAAUUAAUGCAGGACUGCUGGAGAUCUGACCCCGAGGACAGGCCCUCCUUCCAGGAAUGCCAACCAAAAACCGAAGAAGCCUUCCUUCUAGUGCGGAACAAGAUAGGUGCCUCUGUCACCAUGGUAAAGGAGUUUCUGUCUGAGCACAGGAGCAGCAGCAGGACAUUAUCUGCCCCAGAGUCAGGCCAAGGAGGAAUACAAAUGGAUGGCCUUGGGAGAGCCACAGGACGCCGGCGCUCUUAUACUGAUUCCAUGGUUUCUGAGAUGCUAAACAACCUGAAUCUGGAGGAGAACCCCAGUUCUGUUGCUGAAAAAUGUGCAAGCCUUACUGAGAGAAGCAGGGCACAGGGAGAGCAGACUCAGCAUGCUAGGACGGCAGGGACAUCUUCAGAUUCAAUGGCCCAACCUGCUCAAACUCCACAGACCUCACCUUUCAGAAACCAGGUGCCCAACCCCACUUUGACUGGAACCUUAGGUCCUGGACCCCAUGGGAAUCAGGGAGCUGAGAGACAUGACAUGAACUGGUUCUCCAGGGCCCCAGGGCCAAAUCCAACAGCAGGGACACCGUCUAUUAACUUAAGUCACUGCUCUGCAGUGCAGAUUGGACACUACAACCGGAUGACUAUGCCACAGAGACCUACCUUGUCCAGCCAAGACCUGCCACCUUCGGGCAUGGGUAGGGGCCGGCAGCACCCCUGACCCCUGGCUUCAAAAGAAGGCUCCAAAGAACUUGAACCCUGGAGCGGGCCACAGGGCCAGUAUAACCAUAGUGGGAAUUCAAGCACCUUCUAAGCUGCCUCCAGAGGUUGAGGAAGAGCACCACGCCUUGUGGCCCCCUACUUCCUUCAAGGACAGUCCUGCCUGCACCCAGACUGACUGUGAUCUGCCCCCCAGAUCCAUAAAUGUGAACCAAUAAAUGUGAUGAAAUGUUA